AUGCAAUAUUUUGUCUACAUCGUAACUGUUGCUGUGUGUACGCGUACUGGACCUCAAGAGUGGCAGAUUUUAAGAAAAUUUUCUCAAACAGUUUAUGCAUCUCCCAGUCAUAGAAAAAUGGAUAUGAAAGGAAGUUAUGAACAAAUAGUUUAUCCGGAUCUAUACUUUACAAUCGAUAAUUAUGAAGAGGCAUUUUCUGAAUGUGUUCUUCGUGAUAGUGAAUGCCUCAAUGUUGAAUUGACUGCUUAUGAUCGUUCUGGACAAGCAUUUGGUGUUUGCUUUCUAGGCACCAUUUCUUAUAGUACAUUAAAACAGUUUUACGACUCAUCUCAAACACUUCAAUCGAGUCGUCAUUGUUCUGGUCAACGAAAUAAUCGAAUGACAAAAAGCUCUUAUUCAUGCUCAUCUUCAAUUCAUAAUAACAACUGUCCAUCCAUUCAGUUCAUGCGAGUCAUUGGACCACAGGCUAAAGGAUUAGCUGAGAUAGCAAUUAAACCAAUGGAAAGUGAUUACAUCAUAGAACAAGAACGACAAUCAUUGGAUUUAUCAAAAGCAGACUAUGCGAAUAGUUCCGAUUUCAUUAUUAAAUGCUGUCAACCUGUUUGUCCAUCUGAAAUAGAAAUCGAGUACAAUUCUCCUGAUAAUUAUGUAUUGAACGAUAUGAAUAUGAAAAAUAAGACAAAACAUUCCAAAGUGAUCACUCAGCAACCAAUUACAGAAUCUUGCAAAUCAGCCAGUCUCCUCAACUUUUAUGAAUCCUUAUUAGGAAUCAAUCCAAAGAGUGAUGAACCUGCACACCUUCAAAACACAUAUAUAAAUCCUAUACCAACACUGUAUCCAUCUCCUUGGUCUGUAAAAUCUGCUGGAGCAAGUGUUCAUACCAGUCCUGUUCGUUGGUCUAAACGCAAAGUAGGCAGUAAAUGUUCAACCCAGCCGGUUAGUCAACAAGAAUUGUCACCAACGUUAAAUCGCAGACUUCAAUUCAAGUCUACAAACGCCAUAAAUUUACUCAAUGAAUCAAAACCUUCAAGGGUAUCAGAAAUUCUAAAUGCAUUUACAGGUACAGUGAAGAAACAAUCUUCAGAUAUUCAUCCAACAAAAUCUCUUCAAAUCAACGUAGAUAAUCCUACUGGUAAACGUAGCUCUAUGAACAAUACUAAAGCCGUUUUAUUUCCAAUGAAGAAAGAUGAUAAUGAAUCCGCAGAUAGAUUGAAAAGUCUCAGUAUUCAUGAAGAUGCAUGUACAGAUCACUUGUACGAAAAUCCUUUUCUAUCAACUGAUCGGGGCAGCAGUUCGUUUGGACAGGCCUGGUCUUGGUUUAAGGAAAAAAGAAGAGCUAUUUCAAUCGCCUUGAAUGCCAGUCCAACAUUUAUUACUCUUCCUUGUCAAAGCGUCCUUGUUGAUUUACUGGAAGUCAGAAGAGAGCCUAUUCUCAACUUCAGUAAUCGGUGA